AUGUACUCGGUAGCACGUAGAUUUACCUCAUCAAGUAAUUUGGCUUCCGUAUACAAGGCUCAAAGUACCAGGGCUCUUUUUGCCAAGAGUGCUAAAUUUGCUCAAAAUACCAACAACAGCCACCAACUCUUGUCCCAAGUGGGUGUGGUACAAAAGGCCUUCUCUCACGAUGUGCAUGUGAACUUACAAUUUGGUUUUGAAAAUCCACAACAAGUCUUGGAUUUGUUGAAGGAACAUGGUGGAAAGGUGGAGCAAACCAACAAGUAUACCGUUACAUACUAUGAUAGCGUUCCACAAGAUGAAGUUCUCUCUGACGCUUCUGAAUACGCCAAGCAAAGACAAUCCUUCGAGAAAUAUACCAUGACAUCAAAAGAUACAUGGUUAUUUAAAAUCACUGCUUCUGAUGGUUCCACAACUUGGAAGUGCACUUAUCCAGUUUCGGAUGAGGGAAAAACCCACUUGGAUAAACCAAUUGUUGAAAGAGCUUUUGCCUACAACACUGCAAAUGGAGAACGAGAAAUUCGUAGAUUUUUGAACUUGCAACAAGACAUGACUUCCGAAGCUAGAACUGGUAAGAAAUUGGCAACAUUGGACGAAGACUUGCGAUCAAGAUUGGGAGUUGUUCCAUUUGCUAAAUUUGACAUGACUGAAACAUUAGUUUCUGUUUCUCCAAUAAUCAGCUAUGCCGCUGUCAAUGUUGCAUUGAAUGAAGCCUCUUUCGGAUACAAGUUGGGUUCCCUCAAUUGCCAUGUCAACAACGCCACUGAAGAAAUGGCUAUCGACUUGGCUACACACUUGACGCGUAUGAUGCAGUCAACCAAGUUGAACAAGCUUCAAACACCUUAUUUGAGAUCCGUCAUUCAAGAAUACUUGUAUAGACAUCGUCCAUCCACACACUACAAGGUGCUCUUAGACGUUGGUAUUCGUGAUGAUAAACUCAUGAACAAGGAUUAUGCUCGAGAAGUUUUAAAUGCUUCUUUGGAGAAGAGAGGUUUGACUCCUCCUGCUGAAGAAGAAGAGGAAGAGGAAAGCAAGUAG